GUUUCCUCCCACAUCUUAGCUUUUCCAUCCGCCGCCGCCGCUGUUGCUGGAUUGUUCUUGAUAAGGAGGAAGACGGUGGUCUCGUUUCAUGAUAUGGUUGGUAUUAGGGAGGGGAGGUUGGUUGUUGAAGUUUGUGAUGGAUCCUUAUCCAUGGCCUGACCCUUUUCGCUCACCUUCCAUUCCGAAGUUAUUUAAUUGGGUUCCAAGAAAAAUUUCUCUGAUUCUGUAUUGCAGAGAGAAAAAUAACUUUUUGAACCCACACAUACGCUUGUUGGGAUCUCCAUUGAAGCUCUGUUCUUUCUCUUCCUUCCUUCCUUCCUUGAAUUAGCCCCCUGACUGAACUAUAAAAAUUGCCACCCACUGGAGAUUCAAUCUCAAACCACAAGCACAGAAGCUUCUUAUGUGCUAUUCUUUCAAUUAAUUCCCCACCAAACAUCGACCCCUGUAAAAUCCUAAGCUUAACAGUCGUUACCACAUCUUCGACAAUGGAUCAGAGGUCGGCGGAUCUCAUCAACAAAAGUAAAUCUAGGUCGAAUGAUUUCCACCUCUUCGUCGUUCUUGUAGCCGAAGUUGAAGUCAAAUAGAGGAAAAAAAGAAGAAGAAGAGGGAAAUGGAUUGAAGACAUUCGUAGAUGGUGGACGUGGUUUUGAGGGAAGAGAGCGGUGGCGGCCACGAUGGUUGAAGAGAGAGGGGACGGUUUGUGAGAGAGAGAGAGAUAUGUAUAUAAUAUAUCAGUUGGAAAGAACAAGGGUAUUGUAGGAAUUUUGGUAAAAUUUGAACAAUAUCAGCACAUUUCGUCCUUGACUGAGGUUGACUUUAACAAAAGUAUUAUUAGGUAAGGUCGGACUAAAUUUUUAAACUACAGGAAAGUCCGGAUAAUUAUGGCAAUUGGCGGACCAUAGGAAAGUUUGUGUAAAUUACCUGAUUCUUAAAGCACCUGGCAAGUUCUUUGGCACUUGAGCCACAGAGAGAGAGAGAGAGAGAGAGAGGAGGCGGCAGUUGAACGUUUCAAAAAAUUGAGAAGACUGAGGGAGGGCCUGCAAGCGUGACUAAAGCAACAACCAACAGACCCGUAUAGUUUUAACUUCAAUUCUUUAGAUUCUCUCGUUUGUCAUCAUUCAUUUGUCUCUCAUCUUCUCUGUUCCACUCCAUCGCGCCUAUUGUCGCCUAUUCUCUUACCUUCCUCUUCUAAUUCAUCGCUUUCAUUUCUCUCUCUUUAUAUACUGUUUGUUUUUUCCUCCGUUUGUUUCCAUUCCACAACUAUGCCUCAGAAUCUCCAUUAUUCUCUCCAAUUCUCUCCCAAAUAUUCCAUUCCCCUCCAAUCUGCUCUUCUUUCCAUUUCCCUCAUCGAAGAUCAAACCCCAAAUCCAUUCACAUUCAACCUUAGAUUAUUAUUGUUAUUAACAGUUGAGUUGCUAUUUGAGAUUUUGUGACAAAGAAGCUCACAGUGGAAAUGGCAAUGUCGUUGGAGGAACUUCUUGCUAAGGAAGGAUUCAGAGGAAGGAGAUCGAAGAUGUUGCCGAGAGUUUCCUCUGAAAAAGCAGUAAGUAUGCCACUUUACCCAUUCCCUGACCAGAAGAACUCAGGUUCUUCAUCAGUUAAAAGGACAGCGAGGACAAGGUCAUCGGUAUCUAGUUUGAGUGGUGAAUCACCUACAGGUGUUACCCAUAGGAGUAGUAGACUGAGGAAUACUUUUACCAGAAGGGAGAAAGUGGACACUGUGUCAAAGAAGAAAACAAGGGAGAAAGUCGAUAUAAGAAGUUCUGAAGAUUUGCAGGGUGUUAGGAGAAUGAGCAUCCAUUCAUCGGGAGAGCUGACACGUAAUGAGAUAGUUGAGGUUGGACAAGGCAAGGAGAUAGUUGAGGUUGGAGUGGAAGAAAAUGAGAGAUAUAAAGAUAUACAUUCAAAUGAAUUGUAUAUGGCUGAGUCAAGUAAGGGCAAAUAUGCCAAUGGAAUUGGGGAAAGGGAGAGGUACAAAGAGAGGUCAGGAAAGGAUAUAAAGGAAGAUAAGAGGUAUGGCAACAAUCCUCAGAAACUUCUGCCUGGGCGAACAAGUUUUAGUGAUAAUUAUAGGAGAAGCAUGAAACAACCUGAGACCUCAAAUAGCACCUCUAAUAGAAGUUCACUAAACAGCAAUAGCUUUGAUGACAGCAGAAGAAGAAGGCAUGCAUGGACUGAACAUACGGUUGCUGAACCUGCUCUUGAUGAAGUUGCUGUUCAAGCCAUGAUAUCCAUCUUGAGCGGUUACAUCAAACGUUUUAUCAAAGAUGAGGAUUUUCGGACAUUGAUUCAUCACACUUGUUUUGCUUCUCUUAAUUUUGCUGAAUUAGAAGAAGACCUCAUUACUGAGUCCAAAGUAAUAUCCAAUCUUGAACAAGCUAUUGGAACAGUGGAAAGAGCCAUUGAGGAGGGUGCAAAUGCAAAGGAGUUGAAAAAAGCUUCAUUGCAGCUUAGUGUGAUUUCAGGUCUAAACUCGAAUGAGUUGAAAGAUGGGUUUACAUCGGGGAUUCCAAAUUAUAAGUUGUCAGCUUGUGCUCAUCUCUACCUCAGCGUGAUAUAUAAGCUACAGAAGAAAGAUAGAAUAGCGGCAAAGCAUCUGCUGCAAGUUUUUUGUGAUUCACCCUUCCAGGCUCGAACAGCUUUGCUGCCUGAAUUGUGGGACUAUAUAUUUUUCCCACAUAUUUCACAUUUGAAGGUGUGGUACAAUGAGGAAGUUGAUUCUCUAGGAGAUACACCUAGCAAAGCAAGGAAACUAAUGCUUCUUGAUAAAGUGUAUAAUGAAAUUCUGGAUUGUGGGACUUACCAGUUUGCAGUAUAUUACAAGGAUUGGCUCACAGAGGGGGUUGAAGCCCCAUCCAUUCCUUCCAUCCCCACACCUUCUGUAUCUGUUCAGGAAGUUCAACAGGGAUGUUUCAGUAGCCACUCUGCUCCGGGAUUUCAGCAGAGAGGUCUGAGUAGUCACUCGCUGGACAUGAGCAAUCCUGUUGGUUCUUUCUCACCUCAGCCCAGGGUCAGCAAAAACUUAUAUGACUCGGUCUUUGGCCGUUCACAUAAACCAGGAGUUGAUGAAGUGGAGGAUUAUAAGGAGGCAGAGAACUUUGAAAAUAGUAUAAGUAGCUCUGACAGUUCUGCUGUUGAAGACAAACAAGCAUUAACGCACUCUUCAGAGAUAGUCAAGUAUGCAGAUGAUGACACUGAGCCAGAUUAUGUAUUUCAUCUUGGAGACGGAGUAGUAGCCAAGAAAGCCCAAAGAUUGCAGAGAGCAAGUGGUCCAGAUGAAAGGAAUCUUGAUGACAAAUUUGAAAACACUCAUCUGCUUCAAACCACAACAGUAAACACCCAUGUGUUAAAUGCACUUCCACAUAAACAAGCACAUGAGUUGGCACUCAGGAGGCUAGCAAAGUCUGUUUUUGAAAAGCAGCAAACUGAGGAAUCUGUUGAUCUUGCUGAUUCUACUCUUUUGUUGCAUCCCGAAGAUGCAUAUUUUCCUGAUUCUUUGGCAAAUCUGAAUAACAGAAGGUCCUCUAUUGAAGAACUGAAUGAAAAUUGUGAGUAUCUUGAUGAAGGACCAUCCUUCUUGAGCACCCCACAUGAUUUUAUAUGCCCUCUGACUGGGCUUUUGUUUGAAGACCCAGUGACCCUAGAGACUGGCCAAACCUUUGAGCGAGUAGCUAUCACAGAAUGGUUUGGUGAAGGAAAUAGAACAUGUCCAGUAACUGGAAGAACAUUGGAAUGUCAAGCUGUGCCACUAACCAACUUCAUUUUGAAGCGUGUUAUUGAUAAUUGGAAAUCAGAACACUGUCGUCAUUUCUUGGAUUUUGCUUCUCAAGCAGCAUGGGGCUCAGGAGAAUACAGGUCUAAAUUUAAUGAAGAAACAGCUGUACUUAUGUUGGAGCAGCUUCUUACUACCUUCAGUAAAGAGGAAAGAAUAACAAAUGCUGAAAACCUUUUAUCUCUUGGAGGUUUGCAGUUUCUUAUCAAAAGGUUUGAAUUUGGAAACUUGGAAGAGAAGACACGUGUGGCAACAUUAUUGUUCUGUUGUAUUGAAGUGGACACUGGUUGCAGAAAUCAGAUAGCAAAAAACAUUAGAAAACCAUGUCUUCUUGAACUACUCCACAGCAAGCAGGUAAAGUCAAGAGCAAGUGCGGUGUUGCUGCUUACUGAACUGAUUUGCCUGAAUAGGAGGAAAGAUGUCAAUCUUUUCUUGAGUGGCUUACAAAAUGAAGAGAUGGUGAACACGAUGCAUAUUUUGCUUGUCUAUCUCCAGAGUAGCCCACCUGAGCAAAGACCCCUCGUUGCUGUCCUCCUGUUACACUUCGAACUUUUGGUAGAACCUCGGAAAUACAGUAUAUACAGAGAUGAGGCUGUUCAUGCCAUUACAGUGGCUCUAGAUGUUAGCAUAGCUGAUGAGAAGGUCCAAGCAAAUUGUUGCAAAGCGCUUCUUACGUUGGGAGCCCAUUUCUCCUUCUUUCGGAAUAUAAUGACAGAGGAUUGUGUUCUAAAUUUAGGGGGAUUUCUUGAUGGUCCUGAAUCAGAUUCUCAUGUCAAUGAAGCAGAUGAUGAACCAGUUGAUGAAACUAUUCCAUCAGAUGAUGAAGAAGAGGGCAGGGAACAGUGGCUCGGUAACUUGCUACCAUCGCUUCUUGGAGGUGGGAAGAAUUCUUUUCUACAGACUAUCUGCAAGUGUUUAAGUUCCGGCAACUUGGAUUUGGUGAGGGUGUGCCUGUUCACAGUGUCAUGGUUGAGCCAUGCACUUGCUUCAUUACCUGAUGUGGAGUUCCAGCUUUCUGCCUUCUCAGCUCUCAUCUCUCGGCUUAAAGAAAGCUUGGAAAAUGGUGAGCUGCUUGAGCACAAGGUUCUUGCUUCAAUGUGUCUGCUUAAUUUCAGCAAGAUCCCAGAAUGCAGGGUCCUGCUGAUGACAAUUGCAGAGGAUAUCAGGUUUCCUCUACGAAGCCUCUACGAAGUAACCUGGACAGCAAAACAACUCUAUGGCAUCAUUUCAGGGGAAGAUCUGUAAUCCGAUGAUAAAAAAAAAAAAGAGAGAGAGGGACACAGUAGUGAAAUUUUGUAGACAUUAACAUUUUGGUAAAUAUCAAAACUCUACAAAUUGUAAGAUACGUGGACCCUCCCCUUUUCAACAAUAUCUCUGAUCCCCAUUAAGUUGAUUGUUUUAGAACCGGUUAAUACCCAGUAACCUAAUUGGUAGAGUGUUCAACUCCCCGAGCGGGUGUGCUCGUGUUCGAUUUCCCCCUCUCCCUAAUUUGUUAGGGAAAAAAAAGAAGAAGAAGAUUGUUUUAGAACUGUCUUCUUUCAUCAAGCGGACCGUCUUCUUCCACAAUUUUGGAGAGGGAGAUGCAGGAUCAGCAAUAUUGUUGGAAAUUAAGGGAUCCCCUUGUCUUAUUACUUGGAAUGUCUACACAGUAACUGCAAUAGUUAGGUCUCUAUUAGUUUCGUCUGGUUUGGAGUUUUGAUAGGUUGUUACUCAUAGCAAGCCUUAAUAGAUGUUUGUAAAUUUUUAUUUUUAUUAUUUUUAUAUAUAUUUUUAUUUAUGUAAAA